ACGGCACGCCGUAUCGGUGUCGCUGUGUGAACACCUGAAAAUCCACUGUGUUACCCAGGCCUAAAACCUGAACAAUUUUUCAGGUUCCUGACGUUGUUCUGCAACUGUUUGCCUCAUCCCACUGUUCUACGAGUUUGGGACCUGAUUUUCCUGGAAGGAAACGAAGUUCUUCUGCGUACAGCAGUGGCCAUCUGGCAAGUGCUGGCGCAAAGAAUCCUCUCGGUUCGAACAGCCGAUGAAUUCUACUGCAUGAUGGGGGCCUUAACCAGGGAACUGCUCGAAUCCAAUCUGAUUGACGCCAAUACGCUGAUUAAAGCGAUCGUGGCCAUCGGGCCGCUGAAGGAGCUGAAGAACUUGAGGGAUCAUUAUUUGUACAAUAUCACGCCCUGGGGAACGUCGAUGCCUCGGCCGGUGGAAAAGCAGAUCAGCUUGCAUCUGAAGCACAACAUUCCGUUGGACAUCAGCGCCCUGAAGAAGCAAUAUUUGAAGCUGAAGCAGCGGCAGCGGCAGGCGCAUGUUAUUUUUUCUUCGGCGAUAUCGGGACAGCCGGCUCCUGCCCCGGCCCUUGCCAUUAACCAUCUUCUAGUAGGGAAGCGAGCUUUAGGUUCUGCAAGACGUCCAGCACCGCCAAAGGGCAGCAUCCCGCCAGCUCGUCAAAUCCACCCCAGCACCAUCCAGUGGAAGGACGCAGAAAAACAGAGCUCCAGCUCCAGUUCGAGCGACACUGAGCUAUGCGACGACGACGUGCAGAGUUCUUCCGAAGAAGAUGCGAAGCCUCCGAGCCAAAGUCAAUUAACCGACAAUCCCAGUCCUGGUGAUAUUAGUUUAAAAAAAUGCGACAAUACUGAAGGAAACGCUGCCUCUGUAGCUAACAGUUUAAGAGCGUCCCCGGUGAAGCUGAUGUCUGACUCAGAGGACGAAAGCGCUGAGUUCGAGCACUUUUUAGCUGAUCGUGUCAAGUAUCUGAAGGAGAACAAUAGUGAGAGUGAGCCGGCUAAUGUGAGCGCCAGCAGCCAUUCCAGGCGCAAUAGUGAGCUGGCGCUGCAAAUUAUACAGGAGAAUUCGAUGAUUUUACGCAGGAUGAUGCAGUGUCAGUCGCGACUUUCUCCUUCACCUCCGCUGUAUUUUAAGGAUGAGGCCGAAGGCGAGUUGAACCCUGCAGAAGCAGUCACUGACCUGCCGGCUCAGAAACAAGACACCGUAUACUCUCAGAGUGGGGAAGCAGAAAAUUUCCCAGAAAACCCUCAGAUUAACUCGCGAUUUCACAACAUCCUGGAGAAAAGCAAAAGUCUGGACGAGCGCUGCAAUCACCUCUUUUAUGGCGAGUUUUUGCAGCAGAAGUCUGCCCGACUGGAGGGUUUGCACGAAAGCAAGUCGGAAACGCCACUGGCAAUUGCAAGUGAUGACCAGCUCAAUCCCGCCGGAUCCAAGGAAAAGUCCCUGGAUAAUAGAAAGUCUGGCGAGUUGAUUCAACAGAACGUCGAGUUGCUGAAGGCUCUGGCAGCUAAUAAGAGCAAAGACCCGCAGCAGGAUAGACUGCAGUUGUCCACCAGGCUUAUUAAGGAAAACGUGGACUUGCUCAAGUCCAUCAGCAGUGAAAAACCGUGCCUCAGCGACUCAAGGGAUGGGAAUAGUGAACCUUUUAAGGCGGAUAUUAGGAGUGUUGUUGCGAUUUUUGAGGAUUCAGCUUCAAUAUUGGCAAACGAAGCCCUUCAGCCCAACGGGGGACGCUUGGAAGGUGCUGGUGUAACUUUGGACUGUUCUUCCCAGCUUCCUCCUUUGAAUGAGAAUGACUAUCCAGUGCCUGCUCACAACUCAUCAGUAGCUGAAGAAUUCUCCUCAGUUGAUCUGCUGUCUGAUUAUAAAACUGAAGAUUGCGGAUGGAAUAAGGAAGACGAUAAGGACUCAGCCAUCAGUGUAAAUGGUGGGCAAAGCUCAGAAACUGCAACUUCGCACUGCUUGAUCAACUUUGAUGACGAUUUACCGCUAAAUGAGCAGCAGGAGCGAUAUGCUAUUAGCUAUGAAAGCUGUGAUACACCUUCGACUAGUUUCACCUUGAAAAGUGAUCAUUUCAGUGCGAGCACUCCAAGCUUCUCGGCUUCGAGGGCGCUUAGUGAGGAACAGUUGAGCCUGAGUAAGUCGCCCAGUCACGUUUUUAAUCCGUUCCCUGUUGCCCUCAAUUCCAGGCAAAGUAAGGAAGUUCCUUUAAAGCUCGGACUUUAUAGGAAGUAAGUUGGAGUUGGCGUAUUCAAUUGUGCCUGGAACAUUAGGACUUGUUGAUCCGUUCCAUUUGAGUUGCUGUUGUAAUUGGUUCCUGAUUGUUUCUUAUUGAUUAUUGAUGAGUCGAGAAAGUGUCUUUCAAAGUGUUUUUCUCGGUUAAAGAAAUGGGUUUGAAAAGAGUUUUUAAAGUGGAUUUUUGUUCGCUUUCUCGUCUUUUGAAGAUAUCAAACUAUAUACUUAGUACAAAGUUAGGUUACCGUGUAAAAUUAGUCGUUGGAUGUCUGUGUUGUAAUCAUCUAGUUACGUUUUUCGCAAUUUAUACGUCCAAAUUCUACUGUAUACAACUUAUUAAAAACUGGCAAAAUUUGCAGGCUUUUGGGACAUUUGUCCAUGAUGUCUUGAAAGCUCAAAAAUGUUGCAUCGUUCCCGGCCCCGACAGCCUAACUUGUUCGAUAGUUUCAUAAAAGCUCAAAGUUCUCGAUUUCUUAUAACUAUUAUUGUUGCAUAUAGAACUACUUUAGCCCAUGCAGCUGAAUGUGAUGCGCUUUUAAUUAAUUUUCCCAUUUAAAAAAUGGAUGAUAGCGGUAUGGUGUGAAGGAUUAAUACAAUAGUAGCCAUAAGUCGUUUCCUGUUGGAAACAUGUUAAUUGCGCUGUGCCAGUCCAUUUGUUCCGACUAUUGCCUCUUAAUCAAAAUGUACUUGAUAUAUUUUCCAUAGCGGCUGAUAGAAUAUACUGUGAAACUGUUACUGAAGAAAUAAAUUGCAAUAUUUCGAUUUUUUC